GAACGACGAAUCCACUAUUACGAAAAAAAUGGCCGAGAUAACGGAGUUCGGGACGAGGAAGACGAUUUUUAUACUCGCGAUCGUGGCUGGCUGCUUCGCGGUGCUAUGGCCGAAGAUUUUCUACCCUAUGCUCACAGCAUCUGUCACACCACAUCAUCCUACGUCAGACAGUUCUGUGUGCUGCGACGUAAUAUUUGACAGUGACGUUACUGCGGUGGAUAUUAUGCAAGAGAUGUGUCAAAACAUAUUGAGGCAUCAUCCGAUUGAUCCACGUGUCAGGGACGCGUUAAAGCUCAGUAAGCUGACCCCUCAGAGUGCAAGCCUGUGCAGGGAGGAAGUUCUUGCCAGAUGCGGCAUAGACUUGUCGUCCUUCCUCGCUGAGAGGGAACGCCUGGGGAAAACAUAUAAACAAGUAUUAGAGGAGAUCAGAUCAUUCAAUAGUUCCCUUUGCCUUAAGAUGAAUUUCGGGAUACCGUUGUCACAAUUGGGGACACCCCAUCUCAUAAGAUAUCAUAUUCUGAUGCCACACAGUACCAUACAACAGGAGCGGCCUACUCCUCCUCAUGCAGGUGGAAUGCAUCCUGCGAUGAGAGAGCGAGGAAGAGCCAUACCGUCCUCUCAUAUCGUACCAAAGAUAACGGAUAGGUCUGACCACAUUGUGCCAAAAAUGAGGCCACCUCUGGGUGGUGCCGGUCACGUUGUUCCACCUCCCAAGGGAAACGGUACAAUGGGAAUUAUAAUGCCACUGUACACAAUAGGGAUAGUUCUGUUUUUCCUCUACACCAUUGUUAAGGUUCUAAAGAAGACUUCGGAUAGCGAGAUCAUCUCAGAAUAUCCAGGAGCCGCUGCUGAGAAAGAAUUCCGGAAAAUGGUGUUCAGUCCGGAGGCCCUGACAACUGCGAUGACUGGUGGCACGAUGCAGUACUCGCGGGAGAAAUCGCCACAGAAAACUGCUGCGCCUACCAUAGAAGAGUUGAAGGAUCAGGCGGCAGGAGACAUAGAGAUAGAUCAACUGAGACAACGUUUGGUCGAGACGGAAGCAGCCAUGGAACGAAUUGUUGUCCAGAUGGGCAAUAUAUCACGUUCAGUAGUGAAUAACUCGGGCUCACAGCCAGAAAUCAAGGAGGAUACUGGAGGCCAGGAAUCGCAUAGUAGAGAAGGUGAAGAGAUAGACGUAGCGGAACACUCACCUACAGUUAAAGUUAUGGGCAUGGAAAUGACAGCCAGCUGCGAAAGUGGACAGAAAUGUAGUAGACCUACCACCCCCAUUAUUCCCACACCAUCAAGUAAUGUAGAAAGAGAGAAAACACCACCGAAACCAAUAUAUUUAGAGGGUGCGCUUCCGCCACAAUGUGAAUUACUCGUAACCGAUUCGGAGACUCAAGCAGAGAAGUCUGAGGACGACGAUGACGCACCCGUUGUUCUCUCAGGCAAAAUGACCCUCUCCCUCAUCAGCCUCGACCAGAUUCCAGCUACGUCGGAGGAGGAGAUUGCAGUUACAAUGGAAACAAAUUCCCUGAAUGAUGCUACAGAAGAGAAAGUUGUGGGUUUGACAAGAAUUCUUAGACGACCAAGUGAUGAUGCUGACAGCGAAAAAGUGGAACGAAAAACGCCAGUAGUGAGCGAUAGUGAAGAAGAUUAUGACGAAGAAGCGCAAGAAGAGGAUGAUGAGGAAAAGAAAGAGAAAACAAUAUAUUAUAAUGGAAAAACGAAGGAAGACGAAAAGGAAGAGGAAGAAGAAGACGAAGAAGAAGUAGAAGAAAUAGAAGUGGAAGAGGAAGAGGAGGAGGAAGAGGAAGAAGAAGAAGAAGAAGAGGAGGAAGAGGAAGAGGAGGAGGAGGAGGAAGAAGAAGAGGAAGAGGAUAAGGAGGAGAUAGAGAUGGAGGAGGAAGAGGAGAAGGAGGCGAGAAGUGAUGAUACUGACAGGAAAGAAGUGGAACGAGAAAUGGUGAUGGAAGUGAGUGACGAAGAGGAUUAUGACGAAGAGGUAGAGGAAGCGAAUGAUGAGACAGAGGAAGAACAAGAAGAAGAGGAGAAUAGGAAAAAAGAGAAGGAGAAGGGAGAAGAAUGGAUCAGCAUACUGAGAAAGUUGGAUUUGGAUAACAAAGAGUGGGGGAGAAGAAUAGUGAUGAUAAAGGAGAAGGACAACGAGAAGUGGCUGAAGAAGAUAUUGAUUAAUAUAAAUAAGGCGAACGUAGAGUGCCGGAGAAGGAUGAUGCUGAGAAUGAAGCCAGACAACAAGGAGUGGCAGCAGAGAAUAAGUAAAAAGUUGAAUGAGGAGAACGAGGAGAGACGAGAGAGAAUAAUGAGGAAAUUGAAUAUGGAUAUAAAGAUGCAAUGGCGAAGGAACUGGAGUAUGAUAAGCAAGGGAGACCUGACCUGGGAAAAGAUGAUGAUAAAGAUGCUUAAGAAGAACAAACAGUGGCAGAAAAACAUAGCGAUGAACAUGGAGUGGAAGAAGAAGAUUACAGAGUGGCGAGCGUGUGUGAGUAUGAUAAUGCUUGACAGUGUGGAGAAACAGGCGAAGAAGUUGAGGAGCAGCCUGAGGUUCGAGAUGGAGAAGAAACAUAUCAGCAUAUUGAGGAAGUUGGAUUCGGAUAACGAUAAGUGGUGGAAAACGAUGGUGAGGGAAGUGGAGGAGGAGGACGAAAAGUGGCGGAAAAGUAUAUUGAUAGAGUUGAAUAAGUCGGACAUGAAGUGGCGAAGAAGGAUGAUGAUAAAGAUAAAAGCGGGACAGAUGGAUUGGUGGCACAACGUGAUAAAGCAGUUGAAUGAGAAAGACAGCUUUUGGCGGAAGAGAAUGAUAACAAAGUUGAAGGUGGGUGACGACGACUGGCGAAGUAUGAUGAAGCAGGACGAUGAGGUGUGGCAUAGCUAUAGGUGGAAGGAGAUGCAGAACGACCUUGAGGAAUGGUGGAAAAAAAUGAUAAGGGAGGUGCAUGAGGAGAACUUAAUGAUGCGGAGAGCUUAAUGACGCCGAUCUGCAAAAACGAGGUCAAGGGAUGGCAGGCGAAAA